UUAGGAAAUGAAAACAGUUACGACCUCUGCACGUACUCAUUUAUAACGUCGUACUUCUCCGUGCGAGUUUCUCUUAGCAGUGUUUCUUCUUCUAAUCUUCUACGAAUUAAUAAUCGAAUUUUUCUCAUUGAUAAAUAAUUAACAACCUGAAAAUGUCUUUAGACGAGAGAUUUCUCAAGGCCAGCGAAGAAGUGAAAGAACUUACUUUUAAGCCUUCAACAACAUGUUUACUCGAACUGUAUUCAUUGUAUAAACAAGCAACAAUUGGUGAUUGUAAUACCGGAAAACCAAACAUUCUUGAAUUUGAAAAGAAAGCUAAAUGGGAAGCAUGGAACAAACAAAAAGGUUUGAGUCAGGAUGAAGCAAAGGAAAAAUAUAUUAUGAAAGCUAACGACUUGAUAAAACACGGUGAAAAGAAUGAAUAAUAAAUUAAGGAUGAGUUGGUCGAAUCGCCCUCUAGUAAAUGCAACGAGCACGUUAGUGCUCAUAUUUGCGGAACGAUCGCCUAACUUAUAGUUUUGAUGAGUUUACGGUUUUGGGAAUAAAAAGACAUGCAUCGCGUUUAAAUUAUAUAUAUAUUUUUUUCUAAUUACCGGAUAGAAAAACCUAUACGAGUUUUACAUAAAAAUAAUUAAUAAAACUUGUGCACAAUUUUGUAUGCAUCCUAUUUAUGAAACAUGACACGUAGCCUACGUAUACGUGUGCGUAAUAUUUUAUAUAUCACAUUGUAAGUGUUAAACAAUUUUAAGAAUACAUAUAUAUAUAUAUAUAUAUAUAUAUAUAUAUAUAUGUGUAUGUAUUCUUUGUACAUAUUUAAAUAAAAAAUUAUUGCAAAAUUAAAA